CAUACGAAAAUGUUUAUCUACAUCACAUACAAAGAUGCGCCUGAGCUAUCGUCGCUGCGGGCACGAUCCAGCGAAGCCAUGGACUCUUCAGUCGAGAAGACGUUAUUGGUGAACCCUAACUGUCCUGUCAGGAUCAUGUUGGAGUAUAUCAGGAAGAAGUGCCGUCUAGGCAAGUUCACACAGUUUGACCUAUGCGAUGAAGGUGGAGUACUGAAGGGAUUAUUCAGUCUCCAGACGUAUGCGUACGCGACGGAUCAGUUUGAGCAUAAAAGUACUUAUUAUGUCAUCGUUUUAAAGAUUGAACCAGACAGGCGUUACUCAGUGCUGCCUCAAUUGAACCACGAGAACCGUAUCUACUUCGACCUCAAAAUGAGGGUGAAGAAGUACCUGAUGACUGCCGAUUUGAGCUCUUCCUUCCUGAACAGCGCACCCAAGACUUCUACGAUAGCGACCCCUACCCUGACCAACAAGACUGCUGCCACCACGCCUGUCAAAACUGGUAGGAAGAAGUGAAGAAAUGGAGAAGAAUGGAAAAUGGUGCGAGUCUUAUGACCCUUGAAUUUUUAGUACCUACUUACUCCAUUUAUGAAAGUGGUUAGG